AAUUAAUGAAAAGCUCUUAUGAUUGCUUGUAACCAAUUGAACUUUGGUUUGAAUUUUAAUUCGAAAAGAAAGUCAAUUGGAAGUGCACGUGCGCGGUGAAGCAAACAUUUUUAAAUUGUUAAUAAGUAAUAAUUAAAAGAAAAAUAUGCCUAAAGCUUCGAAAUGUCGUGUUCGCGAGUGUUAUAGUGAACAAAAUGUUCGUUCGUUUGCAUUUCCCAAAAAUCGGGAAUUAUUAAAUUUGUGGAAGGAGAAUUUGAGGAUCUCACCCUCAAUGCAAAUGCCAAUGCAUAAUUCAUUUGUAUGCAUUAAGCAUUUUGAGGAGGAUGCCGUGGGACCAAAAUAUCUCAAGAAUGGAGCGGUUCCAACUUUAAACUUGGGCUAUGAUGAUGUUCCACCGAACAAGUGGACCGAAAAAAAGAAAAAAAGGAGCUGCUGUAUCGUGAGCUGCGUGCCUAAGGAUAAAGUUAUACUUUUUGCGUUUCCUAGGGACGAAGAGACCCGUAAGAAUUGGGCCUUGGCUUGCAACGUGCAAGUGUCAAGCACUGACAGGGUUUUUCUUUGCCAACGCCAUUUUGAACCCACAUUGGUUGCAAAAUAUAAACUCUUGAAAGGGGCUUUUCCUUGCUUCAAUUUAGAGCCAGUAAAUAGAAGUCGCUCGCCUAGUGCUGGCUCUGAUUGGGUUUGCCCGCCCGUCACUGCAACUUAUAGUAAGGUAGUUAAGGAAGUAGAAGAAGAUUUAACUCUGGAAGAGUUUGAGAAAUAUUCGAUAUUAGAGGAAAACAGGCAGGCUAGUUAUAGUAAUCAGAUCUGCGUGGACUUAGAAACCACAACCACUCGCGAACGGUUUGCUCAGUCUGCUCGCUAUUAUCAGAGCAACGCGAUCAAAUUAAAUAAACUUGUUGAAACGUGCAAUAAUUGCGGAAGAAAGUUGUAG